CUUUAAUCUAGUUGAUUCGAAAUGGCGAAAGGUACAACAUUCUAUUGCCUCUUCCCAUGUCUCCUUGUCUUGUUUAUGAGUACAGUCUCAGCAACCAAGGAGGAUGAGGAAGAUCGACAGGUAUAUAUCGUAUACUUGGGAGCACUUCCUUCCCGACAGGAUUACACACCGAUGUCCGAUCACAUGAGUAUUCUUCAGGAAGUCGCCGGAGAAAGUUCGAUCGAGAAACACUUGGUGAGAAGCUACAGAAGGAGUUUCAACGGGUUUGCAGCACGACUCACCGAGUCCGAACGAAAAAGAAUAGCCGGAAUGGAGGGAGUUGUGUCUGUGUUCCCAAGCAAAAAAAUGAAACUCCAGACGACGUCGUCUUGGAGCUUCAUUGGUCUUAAAGAAGGCAGCGAGACGAAGCGGAACCCUAGCAUUGAGAGCGAUACCAUCAUCGGAGUCAUCGACAGUGGGAUCUGGCCCGAGUCGGACAGCUUCUCCGACCAUGGCUUUGGUCCUUCUCCUAAGAAGUGGAAGGGCAGAUGUGCGGGAGGAAAAAACUUCACCUGCAACAACAAAAUCAUUGGGGCAAGAGACUAUACAGCCGAAUCUAAACGAAAAAAGACGGCUAGAGAUUACACGGGACACGGCACACACACGGCGUCAACGGCCGCCGGGAACCCUAUCGCAGACACAAACUUCUACGGGCUCGGAAAUGGAACUGCGAGAGGUGGCGUCCCAGCCGCACGAAUCGCCGUUUACAAAGCCUGCGACGGUGAAGGUUGCAGCGGAGAAGCAAUUAUGUCUGCGUUUGAUGACGCAGCCGCUGACGGUGUGGAUAUUAUAACUAUCUCCAUUGUGCUCGAUAACAUUCCACCGUUCAACCAGGAUCCUAUAGCGAUUGGAGCAUUUCACGCUCUGGCUAAAGGAAUUCUCACUGUUAACUCAGCCGGUAACGAAGGUCCGAAAGCCAGCACGGUCACUAGCACCGCACCGUGGGUUUUUAGCGUUGCGGCCAGCAUCACGAACCGUGCGUUUAUGGCUAAAGUUGUUCUUGAAGACGGCAAAACCCUUGUCGGAAGAUCAGUGAAUACAUACGAUCUUAAUGGAACAAAAUAUCCUCUGGUUUACGGAAAGUCUGCUGCUUUGAGUACAUGUACAGAGGAUAAGGCUAAGUUAUGCGAGCCAAAGUGUUUGAACAAAAAAGUCGUGAAAGGAAAGAUUGUGCUGUGUGAAUCUUCCGAUGGUCCAAUAGAAGCUCAAAAAUUGGGAGCUGUUGGAUCCAUUGUUAAGAACCCUGAACCAGACCACGCUUUUGUCCGCUCUUUCCCGGUCUCCUUUUUAUCCGAUGAUGACUACGAAUUGGUUCUCUCUUACAUGAACUCGACAAAAGAACCAAAAGCGACUAUUCUGAAAAGUGAGGAAAUUUCUAAUCAGAGAGCUCCUCUCGUUGUUUCUUUCUCUUCUCGUGGUCCAAGCACCAUCGUCUCCGAUAUUCUCAAGCCGGAUAUUACAGCGCCAGGAGUGGAGAUCCUCGCUUCCUAUUCACCUGACAGUUCACCAACUGAAACCCAGUUUGACACUAGACGUGUAAAGUUCUCUGUUUUGUCUGGAACUUCAAUGUCUUGUCCACACGUUGCAGGCGUCGCCGCCUAUGUCAAGAGUUUUCAUCCUGAUUGGUCUCCUUCGAUGAUCCAAUCUGCCAUCAUGACAACCGGUAAGAAAAACUUUUACCAAGGAAAACAAACUUACUUCAACCGCAAGAAACCCAUCGAUGAUCACUUAAUUUGUGCAGCUUCGCCGAUGAAUGCUUCUGGUACUGGAUUUGUAUCAACCGAGUUUGCUUAUGGAGCUGGUCAUGUGGACCCAGUAGCUGCUAUUAAUCCUGGACUCGUCUAUGAAACUGUCGAAGCUGAUCACAUUGCCCUUCUCUGCGGUUUAAACUACACCAGAAAGAACAUAAGAUUAAUCUCUGGAGACAAUGUUAAAUGCACGGAAGAGCUUUCCAAGACUUUACCAAGAAACCUCAACUAUCCAACUAUGUCGGCUAAAGUGUCCGGAACGGGAUCGUUCAAUAUAACUUUCAGAAGAACUGUGACUAAUGUCGGUGCACCAAACUCUACGUACAAAUCAAAGGUUGUCACAAGUCCUGGAUCUAAACUCUCCAUCGAAGUGUCGCCUAGUGUUCUGUCUAUGAAGUCUCUGAAUGAGAAGCAGUCUUUUACGGUGACUGUUUCAGGCGAUAGUCUCGGAACAGAGCAACCUGCGUCUGCAAAUCUAAUUUGGUCAGAUGGAAGUAAUAAUGUGAGAAGCCCCAUAAUUGUUUAUGCUUUGAGCUGA